UGUAAUUUGUAACUAAGCAUGAUUUCAAAUUUUGAGCAGCGCCGCCCCACAUUCCUAUUUCUUAACGAACGACAACAACAUUGGAUGGAGUUGAGUUGAAAAACCAUUGUAUGCUUUUGAGUUUACCAUCACCAUCACCACUGGUUUCCACCAUGUCAGAGAAGAAGAAGAAGAAGAAUAGCACGAGAAGGAGCGUUGUUGUUGUUGGGGAGAGCAAAAAGCCACAACCUUUGGUGGAAGUGGAAGACAUAGAGGACUCACUUUCCUUCUCCAAAGACGAGACUCACAAACUGAGAGUGGCUCUUUUGGACUGGUACGACCUCAACCGAAGGGACCUUCCUUGGAGAACCACAUUCAAACAAGAAGAUGAAGAAGUGGAAAGAAGAGCUUAUGGGGUGUGGGUCUCGGAGGUUAUGCUGCAGCAAACAAGGGUUCAGACUGUUAUUGCCUAUUACAACCGUUGGAUGCAAAAAUGGCCCACCAUUCACCAUCUUGCGCAAGCUUCUCUUGAGGAAGUAAAUGAGAUGUGGGCAGGUUUGGGCUACUACCGAAGAGCUCGUUUUCUUUUAGAGGGGGCAAAGAAAAUUGUUGCCGAAGGAGGCCAAAUUCCUAAAGUGGCUUCUAUGCUACGAAACAUUCCUGGAAUUGGAGAGUACACUUCUGGAGCCAUUGCUUCUAUUGCAUUCAAAGAGGUUGUACCUGUUGUUGACGGAAAUGUGGUAAGGGUGAUUGCUAGACUGAGGGCUAUUUCUGCAAAUCCAAAAGACUCAGCCACUAUUAAGAAAUUUUGGAAAUUAGCAGCUCAGUUGGUUGAUCCUGUUCGUCCUGGGGACUUCAAUCAGGCUCUCAUGGAACUUGGGGCAACUGUAUGCACCCCUUUGAACCCAAGCUGUUCCUCAUGUCCAGCAUCAGAAUUUUGUCACGCGCUAUCAAAUGCUAAACAUGAUAGUACAGUAGCAGUUACAGAUUAUCCUGUUAAGGGUGUGAAGGUUAAACAAAGAUGUGAUUUUUCUGCUGUAUGUGUUGUUGAGUUAGUUGGAGCUGAAACGUUAAAUAAAAACCAGUCUAGCAGCAAGUUUAUUCUUGUCAAAAGGCCUGAAGAAGGAUUGCUUGCCGGUCUCUGGGAGUUUCCAUCUGUCUUACUGGAUGGAGAAGCAGUUCCAUUAGCUAGAAGAGAAGCAAUGGAUCGCUUCUUGGAAAAAAAUCUCAAAAUUGACAUCAGAAAGACUUGCAAUAUAGUUUUGAGGGAAGAUAUUGGGGAAUUUGUUCACAUUUUCAGUCACAUCCGCCUCAAGUUGUAUGUUGAAUUGCUAGUGUUACAAUUGAAAGGAGUAGAUGAUUUGUUCAAAAGCCCAGACAAUAAAACAACUUGGAAGUGUGUUUACAGCAAUGCGCUUUCUAGUAUGGGACUGACAACCAGUGUAAGAAAGGUGUACAACAUGGUUCAAAACUUCAAGCAGAAAACUCUUCCUUCUAGCCAUGUGCCAACCAAAAAGAGAACUAGAACGACCACAAGAAACUAACCUAGAGGAUCAGAUUUGCUGCAUUGUGCUUGCUUAUUAAUUUGCUGUACUUUAACGAAAAAACAGUGUAAUACUUUUCUAGCAUUUAUUCUUAGUAGAUGGCAUUGUUAAUUGUUUAAGGUAUUUUUACCCUUUUAAUUUGAUAUGUAUAGCAAUGUGAUGUGUAUGGUUUUGACUCUUGAUUAUCUUUGCUACACUGUUAUGUUUCUGCCUUCUGA